CGAAACCUCCUUUAUCAAGUUGACAACUAAAAACUGACACGUCAAUCGACAAAUAUAAUUGGUCCGGUCCACUGUCUAGAAAACGGUGAAAUUCGGCGAUAAACUCCUUGUGCAAAGGAAAUCCGACCGCGUCAAAGGAAAAUCAAACGUAUCUUGUGCCGCGUUCAAGUCGCCUCGAAUUCAUUCUCGCGAAAUUCCAAAAGAAAACAAGCAAACAUGUCGCUGGCGGAGGGCCCUUGCUAUACCAUCAUCAACAGUGCGGAAACUGAACAAUUUAACGAAAUGCAACUGAAGCAGGACCUGGAGAAGGGCGAUGUCAAUCUGAAAAUCGAAACGCUGAAAAAAGUGAUUCAAUUGAUGUUGAAUGGCGAACGGCUUCCCGGUCUACUCAUGACCAUCAUCCGGUUCGUGUUGCCGCUGCAAAAUCACACGGUCAAGAAGUUGCUUUUGAUUUUCUGGGAAAUCGUACCCAAGACGUCGUCCGAUGGGAAACUAUUGCAGGAGAUGAUCCUUGUUUGUGAUGCAUACAGAAAGGAUCUCCAACAUCCGAACGAGUUCCUUCGCGGCUCCACGUUGAGGUUCCUAUGCAAGUUGAAGGAACCAGAACUGUUGGAACCUCUGAUGCCUGCGAUUCGAGCUUGUCUGGACCAUCGACACUCAUAUGUUCGACGGAAUGCGGUCUUGGCAAUCUUCACCAUCUACAAAAAUUUCGAAUGGUUGGUUCCUGAUGGACCUGAACUGAUUGCAAACUUUUUGGACACUCAACAGGACAUGUCAUGUAAACGCAAUGCAUUCCUCAUGCUUCUCCAUGCCGACCAAGAGCGUGCUCUUAACUACUUGGCAUCGUGUCUCGAUCAAGUCAAUAAUUUCGGUGACAUUCUUCAACUUGUGAUCGUCGAGCUUAUCUACAAAGUGUGCCACGCCAACCCUUCAGAACGUUCUCGCUUCAUCCGUUGCAUUUAUAAUCUUUUGAACUCUUCGUCAAACGCUGUCCGAUAUGAAGCUGCUGGGACGUUGAUUACCCUUUCUUCAGCCCCAACAGCCAUCAAAGCCGCGGCAGGUUGCUAUAUCGAAUUAAUCGUGAAGGAGAGCGACAACAAUGUCAAGUUGAUUGUAUUGGAUCGUCUAAUUGCUAUGAAAGAAAAUGAGAACAUGGAACGGGUAAUGCAGGAUCUUGUUAUGGAUAUUCUACGGGUUCUUGCCGCUCCCGACAUUGAAGUCCGUCGCAAAACUCUAGCUUUAGCAAUGGAUCUUGUGUCGUCAAGGAAUAUCGAGGAAAUGGUGCUAGUUCUUAAAAAGGAAGUUUCAAAAACACACAACGUUGAGCACGAAGACACUGGAAAAUAUCGCCAACUACUCGUUCGCACUUUGCAUAGCUGCUCCAUUAAAUUCCCCGAUGUGGCCGCCACAGUUAUUCCUGUUCUAGUAGAAUUCUUGUCUGACAACAACGAACUGGCUGCCACUGACGUUCUGAUCUUUAUUCGUGAAGCCAUUCAAAAAUUCCCGUCUCUUCGCAAUUUAAUUGUCGAGAAAUUGGUCGAAGCUUUUCCGGCUAUCAAAUCAUCCAAGGUUCAUCGUGCCGCAGUUUGGAUUCUUGGCGAAUAUGUUGAUAGUGCCGAUCAAAUUUUGGAAGUAUUAGAAGUAAUCAAUCAAACAUUGGGUGAAAUUCCAAUGGUAGAAGCAGAACAAAAACGUCUACUCGGUGAACAGUCUGAAGAAGACCAACAGGCAACGGGCGCUGUAAAGGAUAAUGCUGCACCGAAUAAAGUCACGUCAGAUGGAACUUAUGCAACACAAAGUGCUUUCAGUGUUGCAACGGUUGCUAAAAAGGAGAAGCGACCACCGUUGCGGCAGUAUUUAAUGGAUGGGGAGUUCUUUAUUGGGGCAUCUCUUGCUGCAACUCUUACUAAGCUUGCUCUACGGUAUAUGGAGUUGGAAAGUGACACGUGCAAAAAGAAUCGUACAUGCAGUCAGGCUAUGCUUGUUAUGAGCUCUAUCCUACAUCUUGGUAAAUCCGGUUUCCCGACUAAACCCAUAACUAACGACGAUAUUGACCGCAUCUUCCUUUGUUUAAAAACUCUAAGUGAAUUGACUCCGGAAGCGGUUGAGGUGUUCCGUCAUCGUUGCCGUGAAGCUUUAGGCAAAAUGUUGGAUGCUCAACAUGAAGAGGAAUUGCAGACUCAAAAGGAAAAACAAAAAAGCGUCGCCAAAGUUCAACCUGAUGAUCCAGUUGUGUUCUCACAACUAUCGUCGGGUCGUGAUAAUCAAUUGGGCGAAAACGUGUUUGAAUCGAGUCUCAAUCAAGCACUGGCCGGAACGAAAUCGACAAAUCUCUCGGAAGUUGCAUCACCAAAUAAUAAACUGAAUAAGGUUACGCAGUUGACUGGCUUUUCAGAUCCUGUCUAUGCUGAGGCAUACGUGAAUGUGAAUCAAUAUGAUAUUGUUUUGGAUGUUUUGAUAGUUAACCAAACGAACGACACGCUGCAAAAUUGCAUCCUUGAGCUGGCCACAUUAGGCGAUCUGAAAUUGGUUGAACGUCCCCACCCCGUCGUUUUGGCUCCACACGAUUUCUGUAACAUCAAAGCCACUGUCAAGGUUUCAUCUACAGAGAAUGGAGUUAUCUUCGGAAACAUAGUCUACGACACGUCUAACACAUCCAAUGUCGUUGUUUUGAACACAAUUCACAUUGAUAUCAUGGAUUACAUCAUUCCUGCAACAUGCACUGAUACCGAGUUCCGCCAAAUGUGGCAAGAUUUCGAAUGGGAAAAUAAGGUCACAGUCAACACAACCUACACAGAUUUGCAUGAAUAUUUGAAACAUUUACUGAAGUGCACAAACAUGAAGUGCCUCACCCCAGAGAAGGCUCUUUCCGGCCAGUGUGGCUUUAUGGCUGCCAAUAUGUAUGCCAGAUCAAUAUUCGGUGAGAACGCUCUUGCCAAUUUAAGUAUUGAGAAACCAAUGGACGAUAAAGAUGCUAAAGUUACUGGCCAUAUUCGGAUUCGUGCCAAAAGUCAGGGUAUGGCUCUUAGUCUAGGCGAUAAAAUCAGUUCUUCUCAAAAACAGUCAGUGCAAGCUGCUUAACAUUUUAGAGGUAUUGAAUCGGAAUUUAGUUGAGUUUAAUGUUACGAAGAGGUAAGGCGUAUAACAACACGACAUAUAUACGAGUAUACAGCCGGAGACAUGUUAUGGAAUACAAUUUUACAGAAAAAUUAAAUAAAGUACAUAAUCGCUAA